AUGGAGAUGUUCAAACAGGUGAAGAUUAAUCUCCUAUUAUUUGAUGCAAUUCAGCAAAUUCCAGCUUACGCCAAAUUUUUGAAAGAUAUGUGUACUCAGAAGAGGCGUUCAAGUAGCCAUAUUCCUAAGAAGGUACUAUUAACUGAGCAAGUCAGUUCCAUAAUCCAGCACUGCACUGUUCCAAAAUUCAAAGAUCCAGGCGCUCCAACAAUUUCAUGCACAAUAGGGAAUCAUCAAGUAGAGCGAGCUCUUCUAGAUUUGGGUGCAAGUGUAAACCUUCUUCCUUAUUCGGUUUACUUACAACUCGGAUUAAGAGAAUUAAAAUCUACCUCAAUUAUUUUCCAAUUAGCAGAUAGGUCAACCAAACAACCUCGUGGUGUCAUCGAAGAUGUUAUUAUCAAAGUAGAUAAAUUCUAUUUCCCAGUUGACUUUAUUGUGCUAGAUACCGAGCCCGUUUCAGAACCAAGGAGGCACACUCAUGUGAUCCUUGGUCGUCCUUUCCUUACAAUAGCAAAUGCGAGCAUAAAUUAUAGGACAGACGUCAUGGACGUAUCUUUUGGUAAUAUGAAGGUGCACUUAAAUAUUUUCAAUGCCAGUAAUUGCCCUUUAGAUGAUAAGGAUUGUUUUCUUGUCGAUUCUAUCGAUGAAUGUGUUGAAGAGAUGGUCCCAUUUGUCUUGACAAAAGAUCCACUGGAAGCAUGCCUAUCUUACUUUGAUACCGAGUCUUUUGAUGUCGACAAAAGCAUUGAAGAAGUAAAUGUCAUUCUUGAUGGAGCCAAUAUGCAUAACAUUCCACUAUGA